AUGUUGGUAAAAAAUAUUUUUAUGGAACUCCGUUCCCGUUUACGCAGUUGCAAUGUUUAUAUUACGACUAAUGUUGACUUCAAAAAGGACUGCAAUUUAAAAAUUAGUAUACAAUCUAAUUGUAUUGUACUCAAUUAUUAUGAUAAUGAUGAAACAAUGAAAAGGAGAGACAGUUUAUCAUCCAUUGAAAGUCUUUCUGAUUUUUCUGAUGAUGAAUCCGAUGUUACUUGCAUAAUUCCUAUACAGGAGUUCUGCUUUAUUAUACCUAACUCAAUGUCAUGCCUUAAAAUCGAAAAAAAUACCAUAUCAUUUAGAAUUUUAACAGAACCAAAGAAGGGUGGGAGUUUUUAUACGGAAUUCAUUUCUGCAGCAACAGAAAAUAAAGAAAUAAAAGUUGAAAAAUUGAACACAAAUUUAAAGUUGGAUGAUGAAGUGAAGUUUGCAUGUGCAAAUUGUUCUAAUGUAAUAUCAAAUAAUUUUGUAAAGUUUAAUAGAAUUUUAGAACUUCCGUCUACAAAUUUGGAUAUGUCAGAAUGGUUUUGCCAUGGCCAUGGGCACGGUCACAGUCACGGUCAGGAUCACAAUCUCACAUCACAGGCACACACAGAUGUGCUAAAGCCGAACAAAUUAGAUUUUCUUUACCGACUAACAUUCUUCGUUGUGAAUAACAAUAUUCUAUCUGAAAGAUCAAAUAAAUUCAAUUCAAAGAGGACCGUGUACCAUUGUAACAGAUGCUUGGCUUGGUUGGGUCUUAAAAGUAAGGAUACCGUGAAAUUAUACAAUGCAGACGUUAAAAUUCAGAACAAUAAUAUGGAGAAACAUGUAUUUUUUCAUAAGAAUCCCCUACACAAUAUAAGUACAGAUGAUUUCAUAUACACAAUUGAAAGUAUGACCCGAGAAUUCAAUCUGGGCUUGCAAUAUACAAUGAUGUGUAAAAUAGUUCUGGAAUGUACAAUUUCAGAUGCAAAAAAACAAUAUUUAUUAAUAUGGGUCAUGGAUAGAGAGUUACAAGUUUUAAGGAAUAUAGAAAACCAUAAACAAAGUGAUACAAUACUGUUACAAUCUAGUUUGUUGACAAAAAUUUUGUAUAAAAUUGAAUCUGAACUCAACAAUGAAGUUGAAUCUUGGCUUUCUGAUCCAUCAGUUGUGUCAACAGAUAUAUCGAAGAGCAUGUUCUGUGAUGGAGUCAGUCAUUUGGAACACAUGUCAUUGAAAGUACCAGAAUGUUUCCGCUACACAAAUGGUUAUUGCGUCAGUUAUUUAAAAGCUUAAAAACCAAAUAAAGCAAUUGAUUACAUUAAAGUAUUUUUAUUAUAUUAUAUUU